UCGUCGAAGCUCCUCGAGUCCACUAUAUAAGAGUCUUGAACUUCUCCUCACAUCACAAAGGAACUCCGAUAAACAAAUCCCAAUUUUCUCCUCACCAAAAAAAAUAAAAAUAAAAAAUAAAAAUGAGUAUAUUCACUCAAUGGUCUCCCCCUUCCGACGAAGUCCAAGAUUCCGACGAGUCAAACUCCUCAUCCCUCCUUUCCCAGGCGAGUCUCCCCACCAUCCCUUCCCUCACACCCCCCUUGGAUCUCCCCACCCACCCCAACUGCCUCGCCACUCUCAAGGGCCACUCCUCCUCCAUCUUCUCUCUCUCCCUCGCCGGCAAGCACCUCUACAGCGGCGCCUCCGACGGCCAAAUCCGCGUCUGGGACCGCAACCCCUCCUCCUUCACCCAGACCUCCGAGAGCCGCAGCGCCGUCAAAUCGAUCGUCGUCUCCGGCGAGCAUCUCUUCACCGCCCACAGCGAUCACAAAAUCCGCGUCUGGAAAAUCGACAACAACUCCGGCCAAGGGAGGAGGCACUACGCCGCCGUGGCGAUCCUCCCGACGAUGAGCGACCGCUGCAUGAGCCUCCUGUGGGCGAAGAACUACGUCAAAGUGCGCCGCCACAAGCACUGCACGUGGGUGCACCACGUGGACGCGGUGGCGGCCCUGGCGGCCACCGCGGACGGGUCCCUCCUCUACUCGGCCUCGUGGGAUAGAAGCUUCAAGAUCUGGCGGGCUUCGGAUUUCAAGUGCGUGGAGUCCGUGCAGAACGCGCACGACGACGCUAUAAACGCCGUCGUUUUGUCCAAAGACGGCCACGUGUACACGGGGUCCGCGGAUAGGAGGAUCAAGGUGUGGAGGGUGGAAGGAGCUGAGCGCAAGCACUCGCUGGUUUCCACGCUGGAGAAGCAUAAGUCCGCUGUGAAUGCGCUGGCGCUGAGCGGCGACGCCUCCGUGCUUUACUCGGGCGCGUGCGAUAGGUCGAUCAUUGUGUGGGAGAGGGGAAUCGGCGGCGGCGGGGCCCAUAUGGCGGUGGCGGGGGCGCUGAGGGGACACACCAAGGCGAUUCUGUGCCUCGCGGUGGUGGGGGAGGUGCUGUGCAGUGGCUCGGCGGAUAAAACGGUUAGGGUUUGGAGGAGGGGAGGGAGUGGAAAUAGCUAUUCUUGUCUGGCGGUUUUGGAAGGCCACCGGACUCCGGUCAAGUGUUUGGCGGCGGGAUUGGAUAGUAAUCAUGUGAAAGGCGACGUUGCUUCGGAUGAUUCUUAUCUCAUCUAUAGUGGGAGUUUGGAUUUUGAGAUUAAGGUUUGGAAGAUUAAGGUGCCAUUAAUUAAUUAAUUAGGUGUUUAUUUUCUGUAGAGAUUUGGAGGGAAUACAUACUUUUUUUUGGUUCUUCCGAGGUUUUGAUUUUGUGUAGAGAUUAUAUCUACAAUAUUGUGAUUUUGGGUGUAUAACAGUGGAAUUGGAAAAAAAUGAUUAAAUUUGGAACAGUGGGGGAUGAUAAAUAUCUUGUAGCGUGACUACUGACUAGUGUAGUGGUGUGGAACGAAUGUGUAAAUUCUAUAGAGGAAUGGGAAUAGUAGUGAUGACUGAUGAUUAUUAUUGACAACUUGCUAUUUUGCAAGUUGACGCCCAUAUUGCGUGAAUGGUCUGAAUAGAGAAGAAUCUUUCAUUGAA